GGGGCGGGGGCAUGGCUGGAGAAGGAAGGCCUCCUCGGCCUUGCGGUCGCCGCGUGUUUUCGGUUGCGAGGCGGCUCGCUCGUUCUGCGAUCUAUUGAGAGUGGCUUCCGACAACCCUGGGUUGAUGUCGGGGAGGGAGGGAAGAUGGCGGCCGUGGCGGCGGGCGGCCUGGUGGGAAAGGGGCGCGAUAUCAGCUUGGCGGCCCUGCAGCGCCACGACCCCUAUAUCAACCGCAUCGUGGACGUGGCCAGCCAGGUGGCUCUGUACACUUUCGGCCAUCGGGCCAACGAGUGGGAAAAGACUGAUGUGGAAGGAACCUUAUUUGUUUACACAAGGUCUGCUUCUCCAAAGCAUGGGUUCACCAUUAUGAAUAGGUUGAGCAUGGAAAACAGGACAGAACCCAUUACUAAAGACCUGGAUUUCCAGCUCCAGGAUCCUUUCCUUCUCUACAGAAAUGCCAGAUUGUCCAUUUAUGGGAUUUGGUUUUAUGAUAAGGAAGAAUGCCAAAGAAUUGCAGAGCUAAUGAAAAACCUAACUCAGUAUGAACAGUUGAAAGCCCAUCAGGGAGGUGGAACAGGAAACUCCCCAAUGAUCCUCAAUUCAGGAGAGAGCAAGGAAGUAGAUAUCUUAAGAAUGCUUACCAAGGCCAAAGAUGAAUACACCAAGUGUAAAACCUGUUCUGAGCCAAAACAGAUAACCAGUUCAUCCGCCAUCUAUGACAACCCCAAUCUCAUCAAACCAAUUCCAGUGAAGCCCAGUGAAAACCAGCAACAGCGCAUACCUCGGCCCAGCCAGACCUUAGACCCCGAGCCCCAACACUUGUCUUUGACAGCUCUCUUUGGGAAGCAGGACAAAUCCACCUGUCAGGAAACCGUGGGGUCCCCACCGACCAUCCACCAGCAGCAGCAGCACCAGGAGCCACUUCCCGUUAGGCAGGGGGUCGUACGCUCCCUCUCCUACGAGGAACCCAGAAGACACUCGCCCACCCUCGAGAAGCAGCUGUGUCCCGCCAUUCAGAAACUCAUGGUCCGGAGUGCAGACCUCCACCCAUUGUCGGAGCUGCCUGAGAACCGGCCCUGCAGAAAUGGCAAUACCCAUUCCGCUGGGGAAGUUUUUCUGGGACCUGUGCAGCCAGGGUCUACACAUAGUGUUGGAACUUCUCAGCGGGUACAAAGUGCUUCCGGAACUCAGAGCCUGUUGGAGAAGCUUCAGAGUGGCCCAAGGCCAGCAACUAAGUAUGAGCCUAGCACCGCAGCCCCUGCCAGCUCAGCUGUCCCAAACCUCAGCACCACCCUCCCCGCUGCCACCCCUGGCGCCCCAAUAAAGGGGCAGGCUCAGGCACAGGCAGGGUAUUUCAAUGGCUCCCUUCCAGCUCAGCCACUAGGACACCAGGUUCAUGGCAAAGAGCCGUCCACACACCCAAGACCCAUGCUUACCCACUCUGGCAAUCAGACUAGCAGUUCUGGAGUGAUCUCCCCUCAGGAGUUACUGAAGAAGCUUCAGAUUGUCCAGCAGGAGCAGCAGCUGCACACAUCUAACCGACCAGCCUUGGCAGCCAAGUUUCCUGUGGUAACUCAGGGCUCCAGGACACGGAAAGCUCUGGAGUCCUGGAUGGACAAGACAGCUGGCACAGAAAAGCAGACUCCUCUUUUUCAGGUAGAUAUCUUCAGGAGGGGGUAGGGGGAGGCGCAGGAGGUUGUACUGCUCUAGCGCUUCAUAAAUACUCGAUGAGACUUAGAAUCAGCCUCAGUGCUCUGGGGAUGCUUCCGUGUAGGACAGGGCACCACAAGCCACAUCUGGCACCUUGUUAUCCCCAUAACGUUCCUCCUGGAGAGACAGCCCUUUCUUUGCUUAGCCAUCUGGGGGCUUUCCUCCCUUAGGAGGUACUUUCUUUGUCAAGUUAAAUCUUCACAGUGUUACAAGGUCUGAAACAAACCCAUAGUCACGGAAAACAACAGAGAUGUGUAGAAAACGCCCAAAUCUUUGACUGUGAACAUUUCCCGUCCGCGUUGAAAUCAUUUGAGAUGCCAGACAUCUGGCCUCUUCUUCUUCUUUUAAAAUCAUUACUAUUUAUUUAUUUAGUCAGUAAAUAUUUCUGAGCACUUACUACAUGCCGGGCAUUGUGCUACCUGAGGGCAUGUACCUCAUCGUUUGUGAUGAGGCUUAAGUACUCACCCCUUCUGCAGGCACAUGGUCCUGGGUGGGGGUGCUUGAAGUCAACAGGAAAAACGUAUCACCUCCUCAAAGGUACAGGCUAUUUUUAUUUUUAUUUUUAUCACCACUGUAGCUUAAUGAAGAUCAAGAGAGGGGUAAGUAAGUUUGCCAUCUGACUCACCCUCCACCCCCUCCUACCACCGCCACACACACACACACAGUGCCAGUCAGGGGAAGAUACGGUGAGUUCUAGAAACACCCUGUCCUUCAGGGAAGGUGGCUCUCUAUGUAUCAGUAACUUGAAACAGCGAUGAAACCACAGCUAUUUGAUGGCCUGUGAGGAACAUUUGGAGAUCUGACUGAUUUUUUUUUUUCCCCAUUUGGAUUGGUACAAAUUCAUUGAAAAGGCAUUGGGUUUAAUAAUUAAGACAUUCUCCCUGCUUAUUACAGAUGUCAUCCUUGGUCCUUUUGUCAUGUUUUGGCAAGUAGCUUACAACAGUUCCUCAACAAGCCUUCACUUUUUUGAAAACAAAGAUGAUGGGCAUGUAGCAUAAGUCUUUGUGUAUGUGAGAGCCCGAGUCAAAGUGAUUUUGUUCUUUAUUUAUUACAGUCACAAAGGAAUGGUUGUUAGCUGCCCACAACCUCGUUUCGCUGCAUGGUGUCCCCUCUCUUUCAUACCUGCUUUUUUUCUCUUGGCGGGAUGGGACACUAGGAAAACUAGGACACUAGUUGGGACACAGGGAAGCUGGGGUUAGUACUUUGACAUUGGCUUCUGCAGACACAAUUCUCCUUUCUCUUGAGCACCCAAGUGUGGACCAUGUGCUCUUCCUCAGGGCGGGUGCUGGGACCCGCUGGGGCGGCAUCCGUGCUAGCUCCCUGGCUCCAUAUGGCAGAUAGGGACAGUUAAAGGAAACAAACAACCUACCUUCCUCCAAGCUUCUUUCUGACCACAAACAUAACGAGGAGGUGAAAUCACAGGAGCUUCUAGACUGCGGGCCUUUAUGGCCCCCUUCUCGUGAGUUCUUUUGGGGGCAUUAGAAGGCUGAUAAGUAACAUUCUUUUUUCUCACCUGCAUUAAAAGCACAUGAGAGCUAGCGGUAGGAGUCAGAUGAAGAGCAAAAUGUCACUUGCAUAACGGGAAAAGCUACUGGAAACUUGGUUUUAGAUUUUUAGACAUGCUCUCGGGGACAGACAAGUCACUGGCAGUGCCGAGCACAACCAGCCCUCCUGGACCCCAAUACUUGAGCUGGAGACACCAGCAGUGUAUGCUGUCCACAAGCGGGCACGUCCUCUCAGGAAGGGACACAGGAGUGGUGAACACUGGUCAGCGUGCCUGCCUCCCAGGGAGAAGUGAGCCAGCAGGCGGAGAGGCUGGGAAGCAUCCUCCACGUGGAGGAAAUGUGUGUGUGCCCCCAGCAAGUGCAGCAACUCCCAGGGGUUUGCUGGAGCUUGAGGUCAGACUAGGGACAACCAGGGAAAAGGCCAGGAGACUUAAAUGCAGGCUGCCAAGCGAUGGUAAGAAACCAGAAAGAUAAACUCUCACUCAGGGGGCGAGCUUCCUGUGCCACGGGGGCAGCACAGACCACCUGAGCUGCUUUGUAAUGAUGACAAAGGAGCCUGUGUUGAGAUCCGACCAGGAAUCAGGCUCCUGCAGGCUUUGCCCCUAUCCCUCCCUCCCCCGGUGGAGUGGCAACGAUUACUCUUGAGACCCACUUAUCUCCACGCUUGCCAGCCAGGGACCUCACUCCCCCUCUCCCUUUGAUCUUGAUGAGCCGGUACUUACUGCUGCCCUCUGUGUGUAUUUGCCGU